AUGGCUAACAGGCUGGCAUUCCUUCUCUUUGGGGAUCAGUCCCUCGACACGUACGCCUUCCUGUCCGGACUCUGCCGACAGGACAACACAGGCAUCCUUGCCCAGGCUUUCCUGAACCAGGCCACUGAGGCUCUGCGGAAGGAAGUCGAGGGCCUCCACCGGAUCGAGCGUGCGAAGCUCCCGGUGUUCAAGACCAUCCAGCAGCUGAACGAGAAGUACCAUUCUCAAGAUAUCAAGCACCCCGGCCUGGACGGAGCUUUGCUCUGCAUCACACAGCUUGCACACUACAUUGACCAUGGCGAGAAGCACUAUGAGGAUAUCAUCCGACACGACCAGACCUUCUUAGCCGGUCUAUGCUCGGGCCUCUUUGCGGCUGUGGCCAUCGCCUCGACACCGUCGCUGUCCUCGCUUGUGCCCGUGGGCGUGCAGGCUGUGCUGAUGGCAUUCCGGACAGGCUCUCACGUGGCCAAGCUUGCCGACCGCCUUAGUCCUGCAACCGGCCGCUCUGAGAGCUGGACAUACAUCUUCCCCAGCCAGAAGGAGGAGGAGACCCGGAAGGUUCUUUCCGAGUUUUGCCAUGGCAAGUCUCUUCCCCAAGCCAGCCAGAUCUACAUCAGCGCCGUGUCAGCAAGCAGCGUGGCGGUCUCUGGGCCGCCGCCGUCUCUGGAGGCAUUUAUAGCGACGGGCCAGCUGGGCCGGUCGACGUCGAUUCCAGUGUAUGGACCGUACCACGCCAGCCACCUGCAUGCGGGGGCGGACGUGAAGAAGAUUCUCCGGCUCGAAGACGCAGCGGUGGUGGAUGCGCUGUUCAAGACGAAGCCACGCUCGGCGGUGAUGUCUUGCACCACUGGAACGUGGUUCAGCGAGACAUCGACAGCGUCGCUGUUUGAAGCGGCUGUGUACGAGAUCCUGAACGAACCGCUGAUGUUCUCGCGCGUCGUGGACGGCUGCCUCGACAUAGCCCGCGAAUUCACGGGCGUGGAGUGUGUGGUGAUUCCGUUUGGGCCGACGCAGAACGCGAGCUCACUGGCGAACCUGGUGCGGUCACAGACCGAGCUCAAGGUGUCGGUUGUGCAGCAGCCGGAUUUCGGGUCGGCUGGUGUGGCCGGAGCGCCUGCACCGACGAUUGGCAACCAUGGGGCUCGGCGUCGGCCGAAGCUGGCGAUUGUCGGCAUGGCCGGGCGCUUCCCAGACGCAGCUAGCCAUGAGAAGCUGUGGGAGCUGCUGGCCAAGGGCCUGGACGUGCACCGGGUGGUGCCCAAGGAGCGGUUCCCGGCCGAGACACACGUGGACCCGAGCGGCAAGGCGGUCAACACGAGCCACACGCCGUAUGGUUGCUUCAUCGAGAACCCGGGUCUCUUCGACCCGCGAUUCUUCAACAUGUCGCCGCGCGAGGCGCUGCAGACGGACCCCAUGCAGCGCAUGGCGCUGACGACGGCCUACGAAGCGCUGGAGAUGUCGGGCUAUGUGCCCAAUCGGACGCCGAGCACGCGGCUCGACCGCAUCGGUACGUUCUACGGACAGACGUCGGACGACUGGCGCGAGAUCAACGCAGCCCAGGAGGUCGACACAUACUACAUCACAGGCGGCGUGCGGGCGUUUGGCCCCGGCCGGAUCAACUACCACUUUGGCUUCAGUGGUCCCAGCCUGAACAUCGACACGGCCUGUUCCAGCAGUGCGGCGGCCAUGAACGUGGCCUGCACGUCGCUGUGGGCACACGACUGCGACACGGCCAUUGUGGGUGGGCUGUCGUGCAUGACCAACUCGGACAUCUUUGCCGGCCUCAGCCGAGGACAGUUUCUCUCCAAGACGGGCAACUGCCAAACGUUUGACGACGGUGCGGACGGCUACUGCCGCGGCGAUGGCUGCGCGUCUGUCAUCGUGAAGCGGCUGGAGGAUGCCGAGGCAGACGGGGACAACGUGCUGGCCGUGGUUCUGGGCACGGCUACGAACCACUCGGCUGACGCGAUCUCCAUCACACACCCCCACGGACCAACACAGUCGGUGCUCUCGUCGGCGAUCCUGAACGAUGCCGGAGUCGACCCGCUGGACGUGGACUAUGUCGAAAUGCACGGCACGGGCACGCAGGCGGGCGAUGGCACGGAGAUGCUCUCCGUCACCAACGUGUUUGCUCCAGCUGAACGUCGUCGACCGGCCGGCCGGCCGCUGUACCUGGGCGCGGUCAAGGCGAACGUCGGCCACGGCGAGGCGGCCUCGGGCGUGACGGCGCUGAUCAAGGUGCUCAUGAUGAUGCAGAAGAGCCUGAUCCCGCCACACGUCGGGAUCAAGAAGGAGAUCAACAAGGGCUUCCCCAAGGACCUGAGCGAGCGCAACGUCAACAUUGCCUUUCACAUGACGCCCUUCAAGCGCCACGACGGCCUUCCCCGGCGGAUCUUUGUCAACAACUUCAGCGCUGCCGGCGGCAACACCGGGCUGCUGCUCGAGGACGGCCCUGUCCGGGCACCGGCCACGGCAGACCCACGCACGAGCCAUGUGGUGGCAGUGACGGGCAAGUCCAAGGCGUCGAUGCUGCGCAACGCCGAGCGCCUGGUGGCCUGGAUGGCCGAGCACGCCGCCACGCCGCUAUCCGACGUGGCCUACACGACCACGGCACGGCGAAUCCAGCACUACUGGCGGAUGAACGUGGUGGCCAGCGACCUGGCUGGCGCUCAGAGCGCGCUCAAGACUCGACUGCAGGGCACCUUUGCACCGGUCUCGCCGGAGCAGCCCAAGGUGGCCUUCCUCUUCACCGGCCAGGGCUCGCAGUACGCCGGACUGGGCAAGGACCUGUACGCUCACUACCAGGUGUUCCGAUCGAGCAUCGACGAGUUCGAGCAGGUGGCCAAGGUGCACGGGUUCCCGUCGUUCCUGCCGCUGAUUGACGGCAGCGAGCCGGACGUGCAGUCGCUCAGCCCGGUUGUGGUGCAGCUGGGCCUAGCCUGCUUCGAGAUGGCGGUGGCCCGUCUCUGGAUCUCCUGGGGCGUGCGUCCGGCGGCGGUGCUGGGCCACAGCCUGGGCGAGUACGCGGCGCUGCACAUUGCCGGCGUGCUCUCGGCCAGCGACGCGAUCUACCUCGUGGGCGCGCGGGCGCAGCUGCUAGUCAAGGCUUGCACGGCAGGCACGCACGCGAUGCUGGCGGUACAGGGCUCGGUGUCGGUGGUCAAGGACGCGCUCGGCGAGCUGGCCGAGACGGUCAACGUGGCAUGCAUCAACGGGCCGCGCGAGACAGUACUGAGCGGCACAGCAGCCGAGGUGGCCGAGCUGGCCACGAUCCUGGGUGACAACGGGUUCAAGUGCACGCAGCUCAAGGUGCCGUUCGCCUUCCACUCGGCGCAGGUGGACGCGAUCCUGGACGACUUUGAGCGUCUGGCCGGCGGGGUCUGCUUCCAGAAGCCGACGGUGCCGGUCAUCUCGCCGCUACUAGGCAAGCUGAUCGGAGUGGAGGACGGUGCGGGCAAGAUCAACGGGGCGUAUCUGCGUGACCACGCGCGCGAAGCGGUCAACUUCCUCGGUGGACUCGUUUCGGCACAACAGGCCGGCACGAUCGACGAGAAGACGGUCUGGCUCGAGGUCGGGCCGCAUCCAGUAUGCGCCAACAUGGUCAAGGCGGCCUUUGGGGCGACGACGAUUGCGGUGCCGACGGUUCGGCGGGCCGAGGUGGCUGACAAGACGCUGAGCACGACGCUGAGCACGCUGCACGCGGCCGGACUCAACGUGGACUGGAACGAGCUGCACCGCGACUUUGUGGCAUCGACACGGCUGUUGGACCUGCCGACGUACGCGUUCGACGAGAAGAACUACUGGCUGCAGUACUCGGGCGACUGGAGCCUGACGAAGAACCGCGGAGCAGCAUCGCUGAAGACGGCGGUGGCGGCCAUCGAGCCAGCCAAGCCGAAGCUGUCGACGUCGAGCGUGCAGGAGGUGGUGCACGAAUUGGUCAAAGGUGACACGAUCACGAUCGACGCCGAGUCCGAUCUGCUGCGCGAAGACCUGCGACCGGCACUGAUGGGCCACCUGGUCAACGGGGCACCGCUCUGCCCAUCUACGCUGUACGCCGACAUGGCGCUGACACUGGGCGACUACGCGUACCGGCUGGCACGACCAGAGGCCGACGAUGCAGCCGUGGCCAAGAUCGGGAUCAACGUGGCCAACGUGGAGGUGACCAAGACGCUGAUCCUGGACGAGUCGGGCAGCAGCCACAUGCUGUACAUCGCGGCCAGAGGCAGCAUCGCGGACGGCUACCUGGACAUAUCGUUCAGCGCGGGCGAAGGCGCCAAGCGGACAGUCCACGGAACCUGUCGGGUGCUCUACGGCGACAAGGAGCGGUGGUGCGACGAGUUUGAGCGGGUCAGCUACCUGAUCCGUGGACGGGUCGACGCGCUGCACGCGGGCGAGGCGCAGGGCACGGCAUCCAAGGUGAGCCGUGGUAUGGCCUACAAGCUCUUCACGGCGCUGGUGGACUACGCUCCCUACUACCGCGGCAUGGACGAGGUGAUCAUCGACAGCCAGCAGUGCGAGGCCACGGCCAAGGUCCAGUUCCAGACAGCCGGCAUGCAGGACAACUUUUUCUUCAACCCGUACUGGAUCGACAGCAUGUGCCACAUCUCGGGCUUCAUCGUCAACGCCACGGAUGCGAUCGACUCACGCAACCAGGUCUUCAUCUCGCACGGCUGGGGCUCGCUGCGCUUUGUCGAGCGGCCGGACGUGGCCAAGACGUACCGCAGCUACAUCCGGAUGCAGCCGGUCAAGGGCACCACGAUGUAUGCCGGCGAUGCGUAUGUGUUUGACGGCGACCGCAUCAUCGGCGUGGCCGGCGACGUGCGCUUUGCCGCGGUGCCGCGCAAGGUGCUCAACCUGGUGUUGCCGCCUCGCGGAUCGGCUGCGGUGACCGGAGCAGCAGCUGCGGCCACUGUGCCGGCAGCCCGCACCAAAGCGGCAGCCAAGACGGCGGCAGCCCGGAACAAGAAGGUGGUGACGCACGCCAACAUUGGCAAGGUCAACCAAAAGCUCAAGUCGAUCACCAGCGAGGUGAUGGACAUUCUGGCGACGGAAGUGGGCGUGUCGCACGACGAGCUGGACGACAAUAUUGCGUUUGCCGACCUGGGCGUCGACUCGCUGAUGGCACUGACAGUCAGCGGGCGCAUCCGCGAGGAGCUCGACCUGGACCUGCACUCGAACGUGUUUGUGGACCAGCCGACGAUCGGCAGCUUCAAGGGCUAUCUGGCCCAGUUCGAGACCGGACGUCAGCGCAACCCGUCGACCGAGGACUCGGGCUCCAGCGACGACUCGGAGGUCGACGAGCUCAAGUCGGACUCGGACGUGACCACGCCCAUGGACGACAGUGAGAACGGCUCGGUCAAGGGGGGAGGCGAAGGUCCUGCCGGUCUGCAGCAGGCCGUGCGCGAGACCAUCUCCGAGGAGAUGGGCGUCGAGGUCGACGAGAUCCUGGCUGCACCGGACCUGGCCAACCUGGGCAUGGACUCGCUGAUGAGCCUGCAGAUCCUGGGAUCUCUGCGCGAGAAGACGGGCAUUGACAUCCCGUCAGACCUCUUCGUGUCGAACCCGUCGCUGAAGGAGGUCGAGCGGGCUCUCGGAAUCGAGGACCGGCCAGCGACGACGACCCAGAAGAAGGCCUCGUCCACGCCCGAGGACAAGACCGUGUCGUUCACCCAGAGCGUGAUCCGGCUGGAGUCAGCCGACCCGUUUGAGAAGUUGCCGCCACCCACGUCGAUCGUCGACCACUACCCACACCGCAAGGCCACGUCCGUGCUGCUGCAGGGUCGUCAGCGCACGGCGACGCACAACCUCUUCAUCGUGCCGGACGGCAGCGGCAGCGCCACAUCCUACACCGAGAUCGACGAGAUUGGCCGCGACUGGGCCGUCUGGGGCCUCUUCUCGCCCUUUAUGAAGACGCCAGAGGAGUACAACUGCGGCGUCUACGGGAUGGCGGCCAAGUUCAUCGUCGAGAUCAAGCGGCGCCAGGCGACCGGACCCUACAGUCUGGCGGGCUGGUCGGCCGGCGGCGUGAUCGCGUACGAGAUUGUCCACCAGCUGAUCAAGGCCGGUGAUGAGGUGGCGCACAUCGUCUUCAUCGACGCGCCGUGUCCCGUCACGAUCGAGCCGCUGCCCAAGGGUCUGCACGCCUGGUUUGCCAGCAUCGGGCUGCUGGGUGACGGUGACGCCGACAAGGUGCCGGCCUGGCUGCUGCCGCAUUUUGCCGCCUCGGUCACAGCCCUGUCCAACUACACGGCCGAGCCGAUCCCCAAGGACCGCUGCCCCAAGGUCGUGCUGAUCUGGUGCGAGGACGGCGUGUGCCACCUGCCGACAGACCCGCGCCCGGAGCCGUAUCCGGAGGGCCAUGCGCUCUUCCUGCUGGACAACCGCACCGACUUUGGCCCGAACCGGUGGGACGAGUUCCUGGACGUGGACAAGAUGAUGAUCCGGCACAUGCCGGGCAAUCACUUCUCGAUGAUGCACGGAGACUUGCUUGGAAAGUUUAUGCGUGAAGGGCUCAAGGCAUAG